CCCAGAAGUAUUGAUUUAUCCAUGAAACGCCGCCACUGGUCUGCGUCUAUUUUAGUCUGGUUUAUCUAACCUCAGCAAUAACUACCUGAAAUAAUAAUUUUUUAAACAGUUUUUGUCUGUAUUAAAAUGAUUUUAUUCGAUGCUUUAAUUAAAAUACCCAAAAAUAACAAUGUCUUCCAAUGUUUUAAAAACGCCCUGAAUAGCAAAACCUUUUGUACUACUACCACCAUUAAAAUCAAAAAGAAAAUCGGUUUUAUUGGCGAUGGAAAUAUGGCAAAAGCGUUGUGUAAAAGUAUCGAAAGGAGAGGUUUAAUAAAUUAUUCGCAAGUCUACGUCUCAAGUCCUUAUAUAAAAAAUUUGAACGUAUGGAAGGAACUGGGAGCCAAUAUAACAACAGAUAACACCGAAGUGGCCCAAAAAUCAGACAUUGUUUUCCUGGCUGUUAAACCUCACAUGUUGAGUGAAAUUCUAGAUAAAAUAAUCAAAGAUGCGACAGCUAGUCCAAUAAGUAAUAAAUUGUUUGUUUCAAUUUUGGCUGGAAUAACUUUAAGAGAAUUGGAAGAGAAAACCAAAGUUUUUCAAGGCUCACGUGUGAUAAGAGUCAUGCCCAACACCCCUGUUGUGGUUGGUGAAGGCUAUACGGCCUAUUGUCCCGGUCAAAACGUCACCGAAGAAGAUCUCUCCAUCAUCAAAUCUAUCCUCGAAGUCACCGGAAGUUGUCAAUUACUUCCGGAGAAAAUGAUCAACGCUGUUGGUGCUAUCUCGAGCAGUGGACCAGCCUUCGUGUAUCUAUUUAUUGAAGCACUGUCUGAUGGAGGAGUCCGAAUGGGGCUUCACCGAGAAAUGUCAACUAAAAUUGCAGCACAAACUGUAAUGGGGGCAGCAAAAAUGGUCCUAGAAACUAGCAAACACAUGGGAACUCUUAAAGAUGAAGUCUGCUCUGCCGGUGGAACAACUAUUGCAGGAGUACACGAGUUGGAAAAGGGGGGAGUCAGAGGUUCUGUUAUGAAUGCGGUAGAGGCUGCUGCCAAACGAGCAGACGAACUUGCAAAAUAGAGCUUGAAAAUGUGCCAAGUGUUUAGUCUGCGGUCCGAUUAUUAAGUUUUUGUCAUUAUUUCUGUGAUUUCUAAAACAAAUAUCUUCAAAAAUAAAAUUAAAGUAGAAUUACAAUUAUUGUUGAAAUCUUCCCGUACUUUCACUAUCUUUGAAAUGAUAAAUAAAAUCAUUUUAUCAAUGAUUGCCACUUGUCACUUUUUAUUACAAAAUUAGUCUAUAUUUUUUGAUUGAAAUUUUUACAUUACCAAAAUGAACACAUAUUUAAUUAUAAUGUUACCCAUUUCUGGUUUAUACUUCAUUAUUAUGCUUUUCAUAUUAUUUGCCUAUCAUAGAGCUAAAAAACAAUAUACACAAAUGAUAAAAGAAGGUUUUUAUUUCGUCUGGAAUGGUGGCAGUUUUGUAGGAAUACCUCCGGAUGUGGCUGAAGAUAUGGGAUUAUCAGCGGGAACAGAAAAUAGGAUGUAAAUUGAAAUGGCAAUUUGGUUAUACGCAUUUUUUUGGUAAUUCACUUAUCACAAUACAUUUAAUAUCCUUAUCAGUAGAUAAAAAAGAUAAUACGUGACACACAAUAAACUUAUUAGAUCUAGAAACAAUAUUACUUGAUACUAUAAAAAUGAGUCUGUUAUUUAGUUCGUUUAAAUUUGAAACUUAAUAAAAAAUGGAAUUAUACCUAAUUGUACUAUUACCAAUUUCGUCAGUAUUUUUAUUGUGCAUGUUAGUGUUGUUAGUUCUUUUUGAGAGAAUAAAAAAACAAACAUUACACAUGAUUAAUGGAGGAUAUUAUUUUAUCCAAAAGGAUGAUAGUUACAUUGGAAUUCCACCUGAAUAUAUAGAAGAAGCGGGUUUAGCUAUCAGACCAGAUAGAGUAUAGAAUAAAAAAAUCGAAGGGAUCUGAAAUGUGAUCAUGCCAUCAAAUUUUAAAUCAAUUAGACUAAAAUAUUUUAUAAAAUUAAAUAAACAAA